GAAAAGGUUCAAUAUUAAUAAGUGAAAUUGAUCCAUAUGGACAUUUUAUUAUUAUUGAACAUAAUGGAUUAACAACUGAUAAACAACAAGAUAUGGUUGGAUGGACACUAAAACGUUCAAUUGAUUCUUAUAGAGAUAUUAUUUAUAGAUUUCCAAAUGACUUUACUCUUAAAUCAAAAUCAUUUGUUAAAAUUCUUUCAAGACAAGCAAGUAAACGACGUUAUUCAUAUGAAAAAAAUCAUAUUUUAGUUGCUGAUUCAAUAGAAACGUGGGCAACUGGAGUUAAAACAAUUAUUAAUCGUCUUAUUGAUGCAAAUGGAGAUGAAAGAGAUAUUAUUACACAAACAUUUUAA